AUGAGCCUGCAGGAGAGAGAGGGUGUCUACAGCCUGGGGAAGGAGGCGCUGCUCGUGGACCUGGCGCUGGAGUUCAGCACCUGGGUCGUGGUGAGUCCCUGGCGUCUGGAGCAGAUGCAGCUGCUGGAACUGCCCGACGUCUUCACUGCUGAGGAGGGGGCCGGUUGGAUCCGUGCCGUGGACAUCGCUGAGAUCCGCUGGGAGACCCUCGUCCGCUGGAACUUGCAGCACCCCACCAUCGCCAUCCUCCCCACCGGCAGGCCCGUGAAGGUCACCCACCCCAAAAUCUACCCUAUUCCCUACUCUGACCAUUCGUCCUUUGAGGAGCUGUGUGAGUUUGUGGAGUGGCUGAAACCCUGCUCGGUCAUCCCAAUCGUGCGAGACAGCAGGUGCCAGUUUUACUUUGAAAAAUAUCUGUGUACUGACCAACAGACUCCUCCUGACCUCAAAAUCCCUGAGCCUGUGCAAGAGUUUGCCCAGCAGAGAAGGCAAGAGAAAGGACAGCAACCUGUGCAUCCACUGAAAAGAGCUGUCCGGCAUUCUGUGUCUCGAGGAGUUGUUUUUGAGUCCCCAGACAAAUACACUGACAAGUGUGAAGAGUUUGGGGAUAUUAAGGUUCCUCAGCAGAACUGUGAGUCGGAUUUUUGCUCCAAAGAAGGCUGUACUUGUCCUCACCAGUGUAGAUCAGCCCAGCUCAGUGGAGGGCAGGUAGCAGUAGCAGUAUCAACUAGCCCUGCUAGCAAUUCACUGGCUUCUGAGGAGGACGUGCCAAGUGGAUUGGCAGAGCAGUAUUUACUCACGCCUUUAAACACCCUAAAGCAGAAUUCCUUAGAGAAAUUUGACAAGCUAGUAGAAGAAUUCUUGAAGAGGGAGGAAGUAUCCUGA